GGAAGGAGAUAACUGAGAGACAGACAGAGAGUGAGAAGAAGGAGAAGAAGAAGAGAGAAAGAGGGUAAACAGUCUCCUACUCUGCUAAGGCCAAGGAGUCAGAUAGCUCGUCCUCAUGCUCGUUCUUGUCGUAUAGGGUUGAAGUGAAGGAUAUAUUAAAAGUGGUGAAGUGUUGUAGGGUGAAAACGGCAAAGAAAGAGCGAGAACAAUGUAUGGGGAUUGUCAAGUGAUGUCAAGCAUGGGAGGUAACGUGGUGGUAAACUCAGAAACGCUCUUCUCUUCGUCAAUCCAAAACUCAAACUUCAACUUCAUGCCCACCAUGCCUUUCCAGCCCUUUCAACCUCCCAUGACGACACAGAAAGAAGAAGACGGGAUAAUGAUGCGAGGGAAGGAAGAGAUCAUGGAGAGCGGGUCUGGUAGCGAGCAAGCUGAUCAUGACAAGUCUGGGAACGAGCAAGACAGUGAACAGCCAGCCAAGAAGAAGCGUUAUCACAGGCAUACUGCUCGUCAGAUCCAAGAAAUGGAAGCUUUGUUCAAGGAAUGUCCUCACCCGGACGACAAGCAAAGGAUGAAAUUAAGCCAGGAGCUGGGUUUGAAGCCGCGACAAGUGAAGUUCUGGUUUCAGAAUCGUCGAACUCAGAUGAAGGCACAACAAGAUCGAACUGACAAUGUGAUACUGAGAGCAGAAAAUGAGAACCUGAAGAAUGAGAACUAUCGUCUGCAAGCAGCUUUGCGCAAUGUGAUGUGUCCUAAUUGUGGUGGUCCAGCCAUGAUGGGUGGUGAUCUGGGCAUGGAUGACCAUCAGCUUCGCCUUGAAAAUGCUCGCCUUAGAGAAGAGCUAGAUCGCGUUUGUUGUCUCACUUCGAGAUACACAGGCCGUCCAAUGCAAACAAUGGCGUCACCAGCUCCUUCUCUGUUGGCUCCUUCAUUGGAUUUGGACAUGAACACAUACUCAAGGCACUUUCCUGAUCCUGUUACUUCUUGUACCUCGGAGAUGAUUCCUGUCCCUAUGCUGCCUCAUCCGGAUACUUCACCAUUCCCAGACGGUGGUCUCUUGUUAAUGGAAGACGAGAAAUCUCUGGCAUUGGAGCUCGCACUGUCGUCCAUGGAUGAACUCCUCAAGAUGUGUCACGUAAACGAGCCUCUUUGGAUGAGAAACAGUGAGAAUGAGAGGGAAAUGCUCAAUUUUGAGGAGCAUGCGAGGCUGUUUCAUUGGCCUCUGAAUUUCAAGAACCAUUCGCCUGGACUCAGGAGAGAAGCUAGCCGUGACACUGCUGUGGUCAUAAUGAAUAGCGUCACUCUUGUUGACGCCUUCCUUGAUGCUAUUAAGUGGAUGGAAUUGUUCCCCACCAUUGUUUCUAGGGCAAAAACUGUCCAAAUCAUAUCGUCGGGUGCUUCUGGUCAUGCAAGUGGGUCUCUUCAGCUGAUGUACGCAGAAUUACAGGUGAUUUCUCCCUUAGUGCCAACUCGUGAGACUCAUUUUCUUCGUUAUUGCCAGCAAAACGCUGAGGAGGGAACCUGGGCCAUUGUUGAUUUCCCCCUUGAUAGUUUCCACGAAAAUUUUCACCACUCUUAUCCCAGAUAUUGCAGGCGACCCUCCGGCUGUAUUAUUCAAGACAUGCCAAAUGGAUACUCAAGAGUGACAUGGGUGGAGCACGCAGAGGUGGAAGAGAAACCAGUGCAUCAGAUAUUCAGUAACUAUGUGUACAGUGCAAUGGCGUUCGGAGCACAGCGUUGGUUGGGAGUUUUGCAGAGGCAAUGUGAGAGGGUCGCGAGCCUCAUGGCAAGGAAUAUUUCAGACCUUGGAGUGAUACCCUCACCAGAAGCGAGGAAGAACUUGAUGAAACUGGCUCAGAGAAUGAUAAGAACGUUUAGCCUGAACAUGAGCACCUCGAGUGGUCAAUCAUGGACGGCAUUGUCAGACUCUCCUGAAGACACUGUUAGAAUUACAACAAGGAAGAUAACUAACCCAGGCCAACCUAAUGGCGUCAUACUCAGUGCAGCCUCCACCACCUGGCUUCCUUAUUCUCACUCCAAGGUCUUUGACCUCCUCAAGGACGAACGUCGCAGAUCUCAGCAGUUGGAUUUUCUCUCCAAUGGGAACUCUUUGCAUGAAGUGGCUCAUAUUGCUAACGGCUCACAUCCAGGAAAUUGCAUCUCUCUUUUGCGCAUAAAUGUGGCGAGCAACUCAUCGCAGAGCGUAGAGCUAGUGGUGCAAGAGAGUUGCACCGACCAGUCGGGAAGUCUGGUGGUGUACGCCACCAUCGACGUCGAAUCAAUUCAGCUCGCCAUGUCCGGUGAGGACCCUUCCUCCGUAGCUCUUCUUCCGCAAGGCUUCCACAUCGUUCCCGCAACAACUUCCGUCACCAAUAUCAAUGCCAAUUCGACCGAAGCAUCAGCCACCACCGUCGCACCCCCGCCGCCGCUACAUUCUUCUUCUCUGAACCAAGCUUGUCUCCUUACAGUGGGCCUCCAAGUUCUGGCAAGCACUAUCCCUUCUGCGAAACUCAACCUCUCCAGCGUCACCGCCAUUAACAACCAUCUCUGCAAUACUCUGCACCAAAUUGAAGCUGCUCUUUGCAGUGAUCAUAAUGGCACUUUUUUCGGGUCCUGCACUGAACCCGCCACUACGGACACCCCUAAGCAAUAGUUGAGUCUGUUGUUGUAACUGAUGAAACAGAACCUUAGUCAUGAAGAGAUUCGGUCUAAAAACUAGCAGCAGACCAGACCAAACCAACUGAAAAUGAGGCGUGUUAGAAUAUAUUGAUCGAAUCUGAGUAAGAACUAUUGUGUUAAUUAAGUUAUUAGUAUGUUAAAUAGGUUAGGGAAAGGUGUCAAUGGAUUACUGUGUGAGGGAAUAGAGAGGGGACAGAGGGAGUCAAGAGCGCACCAGAUAGAUAUAUAUAUAUAUAUAUAUAGUUAUAGAACCCUUGGCUCUGUGGUAUAUGUAAGGCCAUUUUGCGGGCUUAUUAAUACUGCUGAGAAGGGGUGGUGGUUCGGGUAUUGACUUCUGCUUCUAUGUCUCGGCCUCUCUGCGUCGUCAUGGAUCAUAUUUUGAUGCUUUGUCAUAUUGAAUUUGAUUCUGAUCAAUCACAUUGUUAAUGUUUCUGUGUCUGUUUAAUUUACCCUUUCAUGAUCGACUUGGUGUACGUUAGCUUGGAUGUUUCUUGGUUCUCUCACUUCUUGGUUUAGCUGGCUCUCAUAUCUCUCAAUAGCCCUUUCAAAUUCUGUGUAUUUUGUAGUCAACGAGGAUUUCAAGCAGUUUGU